GACGCUGGACCACAGAUAAGGGACUGGAGGUCGUCUCCUUUUUCUUCCUUUUUUCGAAAUUCUGUUACUAUGGCCUCACGUCACGGCUCUCUGGCAUGGGCGGCGGUGAGGUUGUGUCUCGUGCUGUGUGCUUGCGGAGUGGUGUCGGCGAAUACUAUGACCAAGAGGAGUAAAUUCGGCUCGGAUGGAGGAGGAGGAGGAGAAGGAAUGGGAAGGGGAGGAGGAGGAGAAAGAGGUGGACGAGGAACAGAAAUGGAAGGGAAAGCGGCAGGAGGAGGAGGAGGAGGAGGAGGAGGAGGAGGGAGCCCCAAGGGAAGGAGUUCCGUCGUGAAGCUGAUAGAGGAACCCGACUGCAAGGAAGACAUCGAGAGGAUCUGCAGGGACAACUUGAGGAACAACUUCGCCGUCUUGGAGUGUCUGCAGAACGAGAGGAGAGACAUCCGUGAGGUAGUGAGCGAUAAGUGCAACCAUCUCCUAUGGACCUACAAAGUGAACUUGACACGCAGCGGAAAGAUAGAGGAUCUGGCCAAGGGAGUGUGCGAGGAUGACAUGCAGAACAUCCCUGCUUGCAAGGGCCAGUCCAUGCCCGGUCACACUAUCUCCUGCAUGACUGAGAAGAUGGAUGAGAUCAAGGAUGAACGCUGCAGACAGUACCUCCUACGGCUUGAAGCCAUUGUGUUCAGUGACUAUCGUCUUGUGGAGAACAUGAUGAACGAUUGCCAGGAGGAAAUUGCCAACCAUUCUUGUGGGCGUGUCCAGGUGUCCCAGGAGGGCACUCCACAUUCACAGGGUGAUACCAUAGAGUGUCUCUCCACUAAGGUGCUUGAUCUGAGGCCUGCUUGCCGUAAACAGAUUUUGAGACUGGCUGAACUGCAGGCCGAUGACUUCCACCUUGACCGAGCACUUUUCUUCGCCUGCCGUGAUGACCGGGAGAAGUUCUGUGAAAAGACUCGGGCGGGAGAGGGACGGGUCUACAAGUGCCUCAUGAAGCACAAGAUGGAGCGAGGAAUGAGCAAAGAGUGUGUGGAACAAAUGACCCGGAGGCAGAAGUUAAUGGUGCGGGACUACCAGGUAAGUCGGGGCUUGGUCAGGGCCUGCCGCUCAGCCAUCUCGGAGAAUCAGUGCCGCCGUGGCCUCGGAGACCAGAACCACGAUGUGAAGCUCUCCCAUAUCCUGCUGUGUCUGGAGGAUGCUGAGAAGAAAGCAGGCAAGGACAUUGAACGGGCGUGCAAGGAGGAGAUGCUCACACACCGCAGGAUGCUGAUGGAGGACUAUCAACUCUCACCUGAUCUUUUGGUCGACUGCUCCAAAGACAUCAGCCAGUUCUGCCAUGAUGGUAUAGAAACUGGUGGGCGCACUCUCCACUGCCUUAUGAAACAUGCUCAUAGUCAUAAUCAGCAGGAGACAAUAUCGGAUGUCUGCAAGAGAAGGCUACAAGAGACCAUCAAACAGUCAGACGCAGGAGAAGACUGGAGGGCUGAUCCUGUACUCUACGAAGCUUGCUUUAGGAUGGUGGAGUCGAACUGUAGAGCCUAUCGUGGUGGCAAUGCAAGGAAACUGGUGUCUGAUUCCCGUAGGGUACUGCGGUGCCUUAUGCAACACUUGGAUUCCCCCGAGAUGCCUACUGCAUGCGAGGCUGCCCUGCUUGAAAUACAGUACUUUAUAGCCCGUGACUGGAGAAUGGAUCCAGCGCUUUAUGCAGCAUGUUCAGAAAAUGCCGAGCGGCUCUGUGGGGCUAGGAGGAGCUGGUUCAAUGUGAAUACAUCUGAUCCUGAAGGGGGAGGCAAGCGUCGGUUUGAAUCUGAGGGAGGCAAGAAGUCAAAGGUAGAGCAAGUGCUGCCUUGCUUAUUCCGAUAUGUGUACCACCCCAGCCCCAAACUGAGAUUGAACAGCACUUGUGCUGAGGAAGUGCAGAGAGUGAUGCAGGAACGGGCAGCCCACGUGGACCUUCACCCAGAGAUUGAGAGGGUGUGCAUGGGAGAAUUAGGGAAGUACUGCUCCUCCCACACUGGCCCUGGUGAAGAAAUUGCCUGUCUUCAAGACAACAUGGAAAUGUUGGAAAGAGAAUGCAAGGAAGUUGUUGGAAACUACACAGAGGCUGAAGCAAAAAACACAGGCCUGAACGCACAACUUACAAUGCAGUGUGCUUCUGUUAUCCCACAGGUCUGUGGUACAGUGCCCCAGCCUGACACUGAUGGUGCGCUAAUGGAAUGCUUGAUUCGACACAAAAACACAGAGCUGGUGAGAAACAACCACAAAUGCAGGGCUGUCAUUGAGCACUUCCAGCUCUUGGCACUGAAGGACUAUACAUUCUCACCAAAGUUUAAGGAGUCCUGCCAAGUUGAUGUUGCCAAGUUCUGUGGCAGACCCAAGCCUAAAAACAAAGCUGAUGUGAUUGAGUGUUUAAGUACUCAAGUCCGCGACGCUGUCCUCAGUGAUGACCGUCACAAGAUUUCUAAGGCCUGUCGCCACCAGCUCCGCCAGCAGCUCAUGCAGAGGCACGAAAGUAUAAAGCUUGAUCCCAAGCUCCAGCGACACUGCUCAAAUGACGUGACCCGAUUCUGCAAAGAUGUUAGUCGUGGCAGAGGAGCAGUCCUUGAGUGUCUCAGGCAAAACAAGCAGAAUCUGUCAAGUGAGUGCCACAAUGUGGUGUUCCUUCGAGAGGAAGAGGAACAGCAAGACCCAGGCACUGAUGUGGUUCUUGUCAGCACAUGUAAGCAGAUGAUCCAGCAGUACUGCUACGACAUCCCCACUGAGCAGUACCUUUCUUGCCUUAAGAAAAGGAAAAAUGAACUGAACUUUGAUCCAAUGUGUCGCCAAGUUAUCGUUCGACGAAUGGUGGAGCAGACAACCGACGUACGACUCAACCCUGAUCUGUACCGAGCUUGCAGGCGUGACAUGGCCAAGUUUUGCAGCGAGUUGGUUCAGAGGAUGGAAUUGAGCAGUACAGAGCUCAAUGGGGGACUGACAGAAUGCUUAAAGGAACAACUUCCGACUAAGAGGUUGAGCGCAACAUGUAAAAUGCAGGUGCUCACCAUGGCAAGGAGUUCUGCACUAGACUACAACAUGGACCCAAUCCUUCUCACCAACUGCAAGGAUGAUAUGAAUGUCCUGUGCCAUGACUACCUGAACAACGACGGCGGAGGCAAGAUGGAAGAGUGCCUGAAGCUGCACUUUGACACAGGUCGUCUCCAGUCAGAAGAAUGCAAGAUCCACAUAGCCCACGUUAUUGAUACUCAACGUGCAGACAUACACGUUGACCCCAUCCUUAAUGAGGCUUGUGGAAUAGAUGACAAUAAGUACUGUGAGGGCAAGGAGAAAGGACAGCACCUGGCUUGUCUGCUUGAUGUCUUAGAGAGGAACCCGAACGGCCUCAAAGAGGACUGCAGCAAAAAGCUCCGUGACAGGAAACAGAUGUUUAGUGCAGCUUACAAGAUCUCACACCUGAAGUCCAUUGAGGACAUUGUCAACCAUGUGUCCGCCUCGCCAGAGAGGAACUACAUCCUGUUGGUCUUUGUGACGGCCAUAGGCAUCAUCUUUGUUGGAGGAUUGUUCUGUGGGCGAGCCACCAAACGUUACAAGUUGCUCAAGGAUAGAUAAGAGUCGGUAGUCUCCAUAGAUAAUGGGCGUGUAGAUAUAACAACGUGUUAAUCUGGGUUGAUAACAGAUUUAUAAUUUUUAUUAGACUGAAUGGAUAGCAUGUCUGUUGUGUGUACGUGUUUGGAGUCUUGUUUGUGUGCGAGAGAGAGAGGAAUGUUUGUGUAAAAUGAGAGAUUUCUUAGUAUUUAAGAUUCUGAUAACUGUUUGCUGGAUGUUGUUGGAGGAAGAAUAUAUUCUGUAUCUGUUAAGUAAGUGUGUGAAAGAAAUGAGUUUUGGAAAGUGCAUCCAUCAAGUGGAAGUAAUGAGUACCCUUUGUGAGUGAUUUGUGUGUUGAAUUUGUUUUAUUAUGUAAAAAACGGUAUAAGUGUUAAGAAAAUUAAUAGAAUGUUGUCUGUUAUGAUACAAAAGGACAAGAAAAAAUGCUAAAGAACAGAAAAUAAACAAGGUCAUGAUCAAAUUCUUGAACAUCAUUUUCAGGUGCUAAUAAACUGUACUAGUUGAUUCAGCCAUUUGACAGGGCAACAUCACUAAAUUAUGAGAUUUAAAAGUAAAGAAAUAAAACUGCUUCAGGUAACAAUCAUGGAAAAAAAAGAAGAGAUCCUGGAAAAUAAAUCAGACCUGUUAGCGAGGACUUUGCCAAAUACUUUUCAGUUUCAUCUUGAUAUUAUUGUUAUUCUUAUGUUACUCAAGCUUUGCUGUACAAGGGUGCAGAUUGUUUUUAAUUAUCAAGAUUUCUCAAAUUUAAGGGAAUACUGUGUUAGGUUGAAACUGUCCUACUGAACAGUUACAAUCAGAGGAGAUGUUUGUAUCAAGCAUUCAUUUUAAUGUAUUUUGAUAUUGAGCAAUUAUUCAGUCUUAUUGCAGUUGUAUGGUUUCAUAUCAAAGGAAAAGGCUUACCAUGUUAACUGUAGUAUGAUGAAUAUAUCUGGUAUAGUAUUCUACAAGAUAUACUUCGAAUAUGAAUAUAUGAUGGGUUGAGAGUGACUUUUCUUUACUUCUUUAUUAUAUUUUCUAAAUUUGUAACAGGCCUGUGGAGGAUAAGACUGGAAGCAGUGUUGAUCAGGUGUACUUGCAA